GAUCAGUAGUAAGUACAAAAGCGCGUUUCGAAAUUUGUUAGCAUUUGCAAUGGCAUUUCUUGUGUCCAGGACCACGCGUCUUCAUCGUGUCUUUCGUUUAGGGUCAUGCGUGAGAAUACAGCAGAUGCAGACUGUGUGUGCAAAUGAAAGAAGGAAUGCCAGCACAUCUGAAGAAGACAGAAGAAUACCCAAGAUAUACACAAAGACUGGAGAUAAAGGUUUUUCCAGUACUUUCACAGGUGAGAGGAGACCAAAGGAGGAUCUUAUAUUUGAUGCUUUGGGAACAACAGAUGAAUUAUCAUCUGCAAUCGGGUUAGCAAGAGAAUUUUGCAUCAACAAAGGUCAUACGUUCAUAGAUCAGCUGGAGAAGAUCCAGUGUGUACUACAAGAUGUGGGAUCAAAUAUUGCCACUCCCCUGUCAUCUGCAAGAGACAGUCAGAUAAAGAAGACAAAGUUCAGCUCCCAACCUGUGAUUGAACUGGAGAGGUGGAUUGAUUCCUUCACAGAGCAGCUGCCUCCACUUACAAACUUCAUACUACCUUCAGGAGGAAAAAGCAGUGCAGCUUUACAUGUGGCCAGAGCAGUGUGUCGUCGGGCAGAACGCUGUGUCGCCCCUAUUGUCCGAUCAGGUGAAGCAGACCCUGAAGUUGCCAAAUAUCUGAACAGGUUGAGUGACUACCUGUUCACAUUGGCCAGAUAUGCCGUAAUGAAAGAAGGCAAUGCAGAAACAGUCUACAAAAGACCUGAAUAGUCCAGAGUGAAAUAUUUCUCUCUCUCAUCUAAUAUUUGAGCCAUUGUCUUCUCUUUUGUUUUUUUUUUGUUUUUUUUUUUUUUUACAAAA